AUGAAGGGUCUCGCCAAAGCAAUGAAGAGGACGCCGCACCUGAUGACCUCGCGCAUCGGCAUGGCGGCCAAAUCGUCCGAUCCAGCAUUCGACUCGCUUAACCAACGCUUCACCAACCUUGAAAAGCUCACAGAAAAGCUGCUCAAGGAUUCGUCUACUUUCCGUGACGCCGUGAAAAACAUGCUCCUCUCGGGCGCCGCUUUCGGACACCACUUUGAUACACUCUUCCAGCCCAUCGGUUCGGAAUACGACCUGGAACGCAAACAUCCCAAUGCGCAAGCGACCAUGACCAACCUUGCACACUACGGGCAGCUCAUGGAGGAGCUCAAAGAGACGCUGACCCCGGAAAUCGAGCUCAUCGAGAGCAGAGUCAUUUCGCCCACCAAAGACUUCCAGACGGUGAUCAAGGCGAUCCGCAAAAACAUCACCAAACGUGAUCACAAGCUGGUCGACUUUGACCGACACAACAACGCGUACUCGAAGUUGCGCGAUAAGAAGGAAAAGUCGCUCAAGGACGAGCAGAACUUGUUCAAGGUGGAGCAGGAGUACGAGACCGCUGCGGCGGAUUACGAAUACUACAACAAUGCGCUCAAAGAAGAACUGCCGCGCUUCUUUGAACUGGCGAGCGCAUUCAUGACGCCACUCUUCCACAGCUUCUACUACAUGCAGCUUAACGUCUUCUACCUCACCAUGGAGAGGCUCCAGAGCUUCGCCGAGGGCAAGUACGACUUGUCCAACAACUCGAUCGCCGUCGUCGAGGACUCGUACAUGGCACAGCUCACCGAUGCAGCUGAUCGACUUGAAAACCUUUCGAUCCGAAGAGGCGCUGUCCCGAGCGCAAAGAUCCUCGCUCAAAAUAGAGCCAGUGUAGGCUCGGCUGGUGGCUUGAGUCCGUCGGGCUCCCGACUCAGCGGGCUGAGUGCAGGGGCACCCAGUCGUUCCGGCUCGCUCGGCCACACCGCUCCGCCUGCGUACUCUUCCACUACCUCGAAUGCUGCAUCCGCCGCUGUCGCAGGCAAACGCGCCCCGCCGCCGCCUCCGACAAAACCCAAACCGGGCGCCGCACUUGCAAAGUCGUACGUCGUCGCGCUGUAUGAUUACACCGCGACUGCAGAUGGAGAUCUCACUUUUAAAGCGGGAGACAGGAUUGAGGUCACGGAGCGUACCGCGAGCACGGACGACUGGUGGACCGGUGUUGUCAACGGCCAUCAGGGCGUGUUUCCGGGUAACUAUGUAAGGGAGGAAUAG